AUGGCCUGGGUGCUUAAUGUCCAGCCAGAGAAAAGUAAUUGGCUUCCCAUCUUUAUGCUGCGCGGCAACAGCGCUAAACACUCUUUCCACGGUGCCACAUCCACCCUCAAGUGCAUUGGCACCGUCACUGAGAGCUUGUGGGACCGCACUGGCAUGCAAAACGCGGUGGGCAAAUGA